UGGGUAGGCUAGAGGGACCACCACCUGUUGUGAUAGCCCUUCUGUUCUGCUUUGCUUCUUUCAUGAUCACUAUCAGGAUAUGUUGGAGCUGGAGGCUGAGCGUGACGAGGACCUGCAGAGUAAACAGGAUGAGCAAGAAGCACAUGAUGCUAAGCAUGAAGACCCUCAACUGUCCACAUCUUGGCAGUUUUCAGAGAACAUCCCUAAACUGAAUCAGGAGAACAUGUUUUUCCAGCUAAACCACUGGAAUACACAGAUGGGUCUACAAGUGAAAGAACUCGGAGAUGAUCACAUGGGCUGGAUGAAGAAAAUUAACGGUAUUAUACAAAAGGUAUCCCUAUCAGAAAGCACAGUGAAGAGCUUAUUAAGUGAGGUGAUGUCCUUGGAGGGCCAAGUUGAAAAGCUGGAGUCACACCAGGGCCUUGACCCUGACAACGGGGAAAACAUCAAGGAGAAGAUUGUGGAAAUUAAAAAGCAACUAGGAGAAAUGGAUAACAAAUUUGUCCAGGUUGAUGCUUGUAAUGAAGCUCAUGAAUUAAAGGAGAAACUUGUUGCAAAAAUAGAGAACUUCUGCAAGGACAUGACUGUGAUGAAUAAAAGACUGGGGAUGUACCCAUUGAAAGAAGAGCACACGGACUCUCGGAAUCCUGAGGAAAUGGGUGGGGAAGAAAUAGAGCAGCUGCUUCUUCAUGCUCUCCCGACCCCUUCGGUGCAAAACUCCGCUCCUCGCUGUACCUUGUGGAAACGUGCACUGAGGAUUUUCAUCCUAUUUUAUGCCCUCACCUUCACUGCACUUUCGUGUUACAUAUUAUUUUUUGACGCCACGUUUAUCUUUGAAAAGGCGCUCCCUACAAUGCUUGGGCGCCGCAGAAUGUGGGAACUGCGGGAGAUUAUUGUGCCUUUCUUAAAUCUGGAAGUGGAAGACUUGUUGCCCUCCUAAAGACACAGAAGUUGCUGUUACACUACUCACUUCCUCCCCAAUAAAAUUCUGGCUGUUCUUGU